UUAUGUUUUUAAUUGCUUAUAAUUAAUCCUAUAUGAUUAUAAUGGCAGUUUCAGAAUGUAUGUUGUCGAAUUCACUAAAUGACAACGAAAAUUAUGUUGAACUAUACGAAAAACAAAAUAAUUCUAAAGAAGAACAGGGCUAUAAAUGUGGUGAAGCUUAUUAUGUGUGUAGUAAAGGAACAAUCAAUGUUCGAUGCACUUUAUGUGGAACAUAUUUUGAAUACGGUAAUGAAAAAUACUUAAAACAUAUAAUAAAGGAUCACUUCAGUUCAUAUUUAUUUGCAAAAGGAUCUCAAGGUUACCAUUUACCAGGCACUAACUCUGAUGAAAACAAUGAAAUCUCAGAUAGUAAUAGCGGUAUUAAGACCAAUUUAAAAAAGAAUUUUACGCAACAAUUUGAAAAACUUGAAAGCAAAGACCAAUUGAAAAUUCGUAAAUUUAGCAAAAAACGUUCGAAAGUAAAAAAAGAGGAGCGUCAGAGCCUAAGCUGUUCUGAAGAGUUCAAUGAUAAAUGUAAUUUAAUCAAAAAUGUAGACAUUACUGAUUUAAAAGCAAGCGACGGUCUUAUAUGUGAACAAUGUGGAAGAAAAUUCGCUCGUAAAAAUACCUUGGAAUCUCAUUAUGAAAUCGCUCAUAAUCCUAAUAGGAAGUUGUUUCCUUGUAGUGAAUGCGAAAAAUCGUUCACCACUUCAGAAGGUUUGAUGGCGCAUAAUAGGCAUUAUCAUACAAAAGAGCUCCCUUAUAUUUGCAAAGUGGAAAAUUGCAAUAAAAGAUAUGCAAGCCAAAAGGGAUUAAAGUAUCAUCAAGCUAAACAUUCUAAUACAACAUUUUCGUGUUCUGAGUGUAAUAAACAAUAUUCGCAUAAAAAUAAAUUGCAAAUUCAUUUUAAGAGGCAUCAUUCUGUGGGAAAAACUUAUCAUUGCGUGCAAUGCGACAAAAGUUUUUAUGGAUCCUACUUUCUGAAAAAGCACAUGGUUUGCCAUACAAAUGAAAGGCCAUUUUUAUGCGAUCAAUGUCCAGCUAGCUUCCCAAGACAAAAAGCUUUAAUAGCUCAUAAAAAGAUUCACUCUGGAAAGAGAGAUGAAAUUUGCAAAUUGUGUGGACAAGCUUUUAAUCUCUAUGAAGGUUUAUAUCAGCAUAUGAGAAUUAGACAUGGAAUUAAAUAUUAUAGAGCAAUGACAUUGCAAGAUAUGAAAAUUAAAGAAAAAGAAGCUUCAAAUACAAAUUCCUAAGUUUAAGGUUAAAGUAAUAUUAUUCAUUAUUGUUCAUUUUAUAUGCCCGAUAGAAUAUUUACAGAUGGCUGUAUGUACCAAAAAUCAAGUUAAAAAUGGACCACGUGAGUCGGUUAGAUUGCUUUGGAAAAAUACACCUUAUAAAUACUAUUGAGUGUAUCGUAUUACAUAUUAUAUUAUAUACAUACAUAUGUAUGUAUAUAAGUAU